ACAAGGUGCUGGAAUCUACUGCCUUUGUCUGAUGCAUUCAUCUGUAGUGGCGAAAGAGGGUCUGCGUAAAGGAGGGGGCUGAGGCUUCUACAAACCAACACGAGCGACCCAAGUCCUUCAGUCCCGGGCCGUGCGCGCGUGCGAACGCAUCGUGUUGUUAUUGAGGGAAAGCUGGGCACAGGAAAACCGCAGUCUCCGAUGGUUCUGCUGUCUGUCAUCCACGCGCAGAACCUAAACCCAGAAACCCCGCACCUGCUAACCAACACCACCGGGAUAUAAGAGAUACUAACACACGGAUGGAUGGGACAAAAGCUGGAAAACUAGUUCUGGGGAAAGCAUGCGUGCUGAAAACAUUUAAGCAUUUAUUGCUUUGAGAGCACUUUGUUCUGACCUCGAACGCACGGUCAUGUCUGACACCUGACAAAUCCUGCGUCCAUUUGCAACUUUCCGAAGUUCCCCUCUCCUCGGCUGGAUUCACCGUGCAUCGUUUCUUUCAGUUGCUCUGUGUGUAAGAAAGACGAGACGGCGACUUCAGUUGAUUACCUGUCUUUUCUCUGUUAUCCGAUGGAUAUUCACUGUAAGGCAGACCCCUUCUCCGCCAUGCACCGGCACGGGGGAGUGAACCAGCUGGGCGGGAUGUUCGUGAACGGAAGGCCUUUACCUGACGUCGUGCGCCAGAGGAUCGUGGAGCUCGCGCAUCAAGGGGUCCGACCCUGUGACAUCUCCAGACAGCUGAGGGUCAGCCACGGCUGCGUCAGCAAGAUCCUGGGCAGAUAUUAUGAGACUGGGAGCAUAAAGCCUGGAGUCAUCGGAGGAUCCAAACCUAAAGUGGCCACGCCGAAGGUGGUGGAUAAAAUAGCGGACUAUAAACGGCAGAAUCCCACCAUGUUCGCCUGGGAGAUCCGGGACAGGCUUCUGGCGGAGGGCAUCUGUGAUAACGACACGGUCCCCAGCGUCUCCUCCAUUAACAGGAUCAUUCGGACGAAGGUUCAGCAACCGUUUCACCCCUCACCAGAUGGGACGUCUCUUUCCACCCCAGGACACACUAUAGUCCCCAGUACAGCAUCUCCUCCAGUCUCCAGUUCCUCCAAUGACCCUGUGGGCUCCUACUCAAUCAACGGCAUUCUGGGAAUCCCUCGCUCCAAUGGAGAAAAGAGGAAAAGAGAUGCUGACGGUUCUGUGGGUUCAGUGCAGAGCAGUGAUUCUCAGGGCAGCGUGGAGAGCCUGAGGAAACACCUGCGAGCCGAUGCCUUCACCCAGCAGCAGUUAGACGCUCUGGACCGAGUGUUCGAGAGGCCGGCAUUCCCAGACGUCUUUCCCACUCCUGAACACAUCAAACCGGAGCAGGCGAGUGAAUACAGCCUCCCUGCUUUAAACGCAGGCCUGGAUGAAGCCAAACCCAGUUUAUCCUCCGGCACGACCUCUGACCUGGGCGUCAGCGUGUCACAGAGCUACUCUGUAGGUCGGGAUAUGGCCAACACAACCUUACCUGGAUAUCCCCCUCACGUCCCUCCCACCGGACAGGGCAGCUACCCGACGUCCACACUGGCUGGAAUGGUUCCUGGGAGCGAAUUUUCAGGGAAUCCCUACAGCCAUCCACAGUACACCACCUACAAUGAAGCCUGGAGAUUCAGCAACCCAGCAAUACUGAGUUCCCCCUAUUAUUAUAGUGCAUCCCGAGGCUCCGCCCCCCCAACUGCUGCCACUGCCUAUGACCGCCACUAGUUACCACAUUAACCAAAUUAGGCGGCACGCCCAUGGACUCGGACUUCAUAUUCUGCCAGUGUGAGCAGAGCAGCUGAUUGGACAUCAUUCGGUCACAUGAUGAAGAACAGACCAAUCAGGAACAAAAACAUCUCAACGACAAUUCAGCCAUUCUCACGAGUCCCAAAAGACUCGACGAGAAAAAAAAAAAAAAGAUAAACGAACAAUAAAUGUAUAUCUCAAAGACUGAGGGUAAAUAUGAUUUUUAAAAUGGAAUUAACAUCGGCUUUUUAAAUAGUUUUAUAUUUUGUCCUCUCAUUGAUAUUAUUCAUCGGCAUACUUCAACGGUUGGAUUUUAUUAUUUUUAUUUUUACAUGAAAAAUGCAUUUUCAUUUCAGAUUGUUCUUUGCAUCGUCUAUCCAAAUGUACAAAAAUGUCUAGAUUUUAUUUAUGAAUACCUAUUAUAUAAACGAACACAUCUGAAUGAGGAAAACCGCUUCAAUGCAUGGUUGUAGAUUCUCUGGACUUUAAAACUCAAAACUUGAUGCUCCACUCAUUACACAGUAAACUAUUACUCGAUACAGUAUGUACUCAAACUCAGCAUGGAAAUACAAAGCAAACAUGCCUUUUUUCAUGCUCUCAACGCCAGCAGAAGAUCUCUAACACACUCCUGUGAGAAACAAUCAGAUACCAACAAGAAAGAGAUGAAACAGGACUAGAAACAGAGAUACUGUCAACCCUGGUCCUACCAAGAACAGAUGUGAUUAUAAGUGAAAGAUACAUUUUUUUAUGUUAUUUAUUUGGUUAGUUUUUUACAAUGACAAAAGUAUCAUGAAGAACUCUACAGUAUGCAUGGAUUAUUUUCAUCCAUUAUGCAUUUCUAUGUGUUUAUCAUAGAUCAAAUUAUGUCAAAUUCUCAGGGGGGAAUUCACUAAUAAUGCAUGAUAUAUUUAGCACUUGCUUUUUUGUGCAAAACACUGCAAACACUAUUUCAGCCAGAUGCAUAAGCAUAAGUCAUUAUGUCAGGAAUUCCAAUUCAAAUAUUUGUAUGUAAUUGACUUAAAUAAAAGUUCUGACCAGUGUUGCAGAAAAAAUAAAUAAAAUGCACUAACUUUUAAGACUAGUCUGGUUUAGAGCUGGUAAACAAAUAAAUGCAGAAUAGUGAAUUCACCCCUCAGUGUUAUUGUUUGCACUAUGGGUUGUGCUCUUUAUGAGGUGUCUUGAGUGAAUAAACAGUGAACAAUGUUUUGCAUUUGAGGAAACAAACAUGUACUGCUGACCAGACGAAGCACUUAAACCUCUAAAUGUGUUUACAGAAUAGUUAGCAGCUGUUCAAUUAAUAAACAGAUGGGUUGGUCACUGGUUAUCGGCUUUAUGAUUUACUUUUCAGAACUCUGCUUUGGGAUUGUCAAGCUGUUUCAGUAAUGCAAAAAAAAAAGACCUUUUGUUCGAUGCUUUACAACAAGUGCAAUUCUGCAAAUCAUUUUUCAUUAUCAUGUACUGUACGAUCCUGUUUGAGUUCAUGUUCUGACAAACAACUUUAGUUUUCAUCGUAUACGUUACAGUUGAGAGAAUGUACUUGUAUCACAUUUGCCAAAGACUUUUUGUUGAUGUAUAUUUUUAUUUACAGUCUGCCGUUGCAUUGUACAAACAGUAUUAUAGUGAAAGCAUUUUCAAUGUAUGUACAAAUCCUAUGCAGAGCUAAGAAAUCUGUUGUAUGCAUAAACUAUAAAACUACUGACAUGUUUGUUUUGUUCAUUAUUUAUUUUAUUUUGUGAAAUAACAACUUUUAAAAUAAUUUUGUGUGAAAUUUCAUUUCUGUACUGUAAAUACAUUCUGAUCAAAUCUG